GGGGAGGAGGAGGGCUGGCACCGGAGCGCCGCGGUGUCGGUGCAAUAAAAAUGCAUCCCAUGGAACUGCCCAUGGAGAAGGACGGGACCGAGCCGCGGCGGCCACAGGAGGUGGGAAAAGCGGAGGAGGACGGCCGGGAGGCGGCGGCGGCCGGGAAGUGAAAGGUCUCGCAAAGUUCAGCUUUGGCUGCGGGCGCCGAGCCCCGAGCGAGCGGCUCACCCGCCCUCCGGGCCGCUCUGCGGGCAGCGGCCAGGCCGGCUAUGGUCCCGGGGCUCCCGCUGUUCCUGAGCUGCCCGGGCCCCGCCAGGCCGGUGCGCGACGGUCACCCCGCAGCCUGGCGCGGCCCCGGCCCGCGGCUCCGCGCCCACGGUGCCCACUGAGCGAGCCUGGCGCCCCGGGAGGAAGAAGAACCACAGAGCCCCGGGUGCUCCCGAGGACCACUGGCGCUUCAUCCCACCCGCUCCCGCCGCUGCCCGGCCAUGGGGAGCUGCGCACGGCUGCUGCUGCUCUGGGGCUGCUCGGCGGUGGCCGCAGGACUGAGUGGAGUAGCUGGAGCUAAUUCCCGCUGUGAGAAGGCCUGCAACCCUCGCAUGGGAAACUUGGCUUUGGGAAGAAAACUCCGGGCAGACAGCACCUGUGGUCAGAACGCCACGGAACUGUUCUGCUUCUACAGCGAGAACGCUGACCUCACUUGCCGGCAGCCCAAAUGUGACAAGUGCAACGCUGCUCACCCUCAUCUGGCCCACCUGCCCUCUGCUAUGGCAGACUCAUCCUUCAGGUUUCCCCGUACAUGGUGGCAGUCUGCAGAGGAUGUGCACAGGGAAAAGAUCCAGUUAGACCUGGAAGCAGAAUUCUAUUUCACUCACCUAAUUAUGGUGUUCAAGUCUCCCAGACCUGCAGCCAUGGUGCUGGACCGGUCCCAGGACUUUGGAAAGACAUGGAAGCCUUACAAGUACUUUGCAACCAACUGCUCAGCUACUUUUGGCCUGGAAGAUGAUGUUGUCAAGAAGGGAGCUAUUUGCACGUCUAGAUACUCAGAUGCUUUUCCAUGCACCGGAGGAGAGGUUAUUUUCAGAGCUCUGUCACCACCGUAUGACACAGAAAACCCUUACGGUGCCAAAGUACAGGAGCAACUGAAGAUCACCAGCCUCCGAGUGCAGCUGCUCAAGCGACAGCCCUGCCCUUGUCAGGGAAAUGACUUGAACAUGAAGCCUCAACAUUCUACACACUAUGCAAUCUAUGAUUUCAUUGUCAAGGGCAGCUGCUUCUGCAAUGGCCACGCUGAUCAGUGUGUGCCUGUUGAUGGCUUCAGACCGGUCAAGGCCCCAGGAGCAUUCCAUGUGGUGCACGGGAAGUGUAUGUGCAAACACAACACAGCAGGCAACCACUGUCAACAGUGUGCUCCAUUGUACAACGACCGGCCCUGGGAAGCGGCAGAUGGCAGAACAGGGUCUCCUAAUGAGUGCAGAACCUGCAAGUGCAAUGGGCAUGCCGACACCUGUCACUUCGACAUCAACGCGUGGGAGGCGUCGGGGAACCGCAGCGGCGGCGUCUGCAACAACUGUCAGCACAACACUGAAGGACAGCACUGUCAGCGCUGUAAGCCCGGUUUCUACCGUGACCUCAGGAGACCCUUCUCUGCCCCAGAUGCUUGCAAAGCCUGCUCCUGCCAUCCAGUUGGAUCAGCCACCCUUCCUUCCAGCUCGGUGACCUUCUGUGACCCUAGCAAUGGUGACUGCCCCUGCAAGCCUGGGGUGGUAGGACCACACUGUGACAGGUGCAUGGUGGGAUACUGGGGCUUUGGAAGCUACGGAUGCAGGCCUUGCGACUGUGCAGGGAGCUGUGACCCACUCACAGGAGACUGCAUCAGCAGUAGUGCUGCCGUGGACUGGUACCAUGAGCUCCCCGCCUUCCCGUCUCCACACAAUAAGAGCGAGCCGGCCUGGGAGUGGGGCGAUGAACAAGGCUUCUCUGCACUCCGACACUCGGGUAAAUGUGACUGUAAGGAACAAGUGUUAGGAAACCCCAAGGCAUUCUGUGGAAUGAAGUAUUCAUACGUGUUAAAAAUCAAGAUUUUAUCAGCACAUGAUAAAGGCUCACACGCCGAGGUCAAUGUGAAGAUAAAAAAGGUCUUACAGUCGACGAAACUGAAGGUCUUACCAGGCAAGCGAACGCUGUAUCCAGAGUCCUGGACAAACAGAGGCUGCACGUGCCCAAUCCUGAACCCAGGUCUGGAGUACCUUGUAGCUGGACACGAGGACGUCAGGACAGGCAAACUGGUUGUGAAUAUGAAAAGCUUUGUCCAGCGCUGGAAACCGGCUCUCGGGAGAAGAGUCAUGCAUAUCUUAAAAAGAGAGUGCAAGUAGCCCCUGGAUGUGUGAAGAAGCCCCUGGAGGUGUGAAGAAGCACACAAAGGCUCUUCCCUGGUUAGAGACUCAAGUGAGAUGAGAAAGAGAUCUCGAAGUGAAACUGGAAUAUUUCUUAAGUGCCAAAAAGCAGAAAAAUGUUCCAAUGUGUAGGCCUUGUCUGACCUAUCUGCUCUGGAUCUGUGUUUGAUUUCAGCUUUGUUUCAUAAGGAGAAGGGAAAACCCCUGAGCCGAUAGCUGCUUCCCGUGGAGCUGGUUCCCAAUGUCACAGCUACGGAGAGUAUUUUAAUGGCAACAUGAUCUUUAGCACUCACCCAUUAAGGGCUGUAUCCCUGGGAAGGUCCCCUCCCAGCUUUAGAUAUGUGCAUUGUAUUUGAUGCUAUUUAAGGAAUUAAUGCGAUUUUUAGGAACCCCUCCCCCCAACUCUACUGUCAGCAAAGGCAUUUCUUAAAAAGAGCCUUGUCUUGUGUGCUGUGUGUGGACACGGGUGUGUGGGAUGGGAAAGGAACUUCUCCGUGUAUAUAUAGUAUUUCUUCGCGUAAAGCACUUUACCUACCACUGGUGUGAAAGUUCGGAGACCGCUGUGGACAGGAAGAAAAGAGAAGGGUGGUGUGAAGACCUAUUGAAACCGAGGCCACUGUGGGAGACACAGCAACCGUGACAAAGAAAACUCUCUGCUGUUCCGCUCUCCACACUGGGAGAAACGCUGGAAAGAUACAACGGGAAAGGAGAAUGUUUGCGUGAGGUCUCUGAGAGGUUACAAGACACUGGUCAUGAUGAAACUUAAAAAAGAAAGAGAGAUAGAGAGACUCCAGGUCAAGAGGAAGAAACCAUAAGCACAGACAGAUGUUUGCAUGCAGGGAGAGUAGGCUUCACAUGUCGAAAGACUCAACUACUUGUGAUGCACUUGUACACACUUGGAAAAUUAUUGUAAACACAGAAUUUGUUCUAUUUUUGUGUUUAGUAUUUAAACGUGAACAUUGGACCAGUUUUCUUUCUUCUUUUAUUAACAGUACAUGGUCAUGACAUUUACCUGUUUUGCUAACACAGCAUAUGUGAUAGUUCAGCACACUACUGUUUUUCACUAUCUUUUAUUUUCUUUACCCAGGCAUGGCCACUCUGUGUACAGUACCGACUGUACUGGAAUUUGCAAACCAGCACCACAGUGCCGAAACCUUAGGUUCAUAUCCGGGUCAUCUUUUUCCCCGAGGUCCUGUGGACUCACAAAUAUAUAUAUAUAUAUAUAUAUAUAUAUAUAUAUAUAUAUAUAUAUAUAUUGCUUUGUGAAAUUUUUAUAUUUCAUGUAUGUAAUAAAGGAAUAUGACCUCCUGACC